CUUUGGCCAAACAGUCCUUGCUGAAAUGUCAAUACACUGCCAGAACACUGGCUCACAGGGUUCAUCAUGAUUUCCAGGCAGUAUGUGGCUUUGUUUCUCUGCUUUCUGCUACUGAUCCCUCUUUCUCUGGAUGCAGUCUUUCUAAAGCAGGAAGAGGCAAGCAACGUUUUGCAAAGACAAAGACGAGCCAACAGCUUCUUCGAAGAGAUAAAACUGGGGUCACUAGAGAGAGAAUGCAUAGAAGAAAGGUGUUCCUAUGAGGAAGCAAGAGAGAUUUACGGUGAUAUUGAAAGGACAGAAGAGUUCUGGCACAUCUAUUCCGACCCUAACCAGUGUGCCUCCAACCCCUGUCAGAAUGGUGGGAUUUGUGAUGACCAGUUCCAGGAUUAUGUUUGCCGCUGUCCCAUUGAAUACGAGGGCAAAAGCUGUGAAAAAGCUGUGGCUGACAAACUGAAGUGCAUUUUUGACAAUGGUGGCUGUGAGCAGUACUGUACUGACAAGCAGUCCAAAAUACGGCUGUGCUUCUGUGAUGAUGAUUACACUUUGGCGAGUGAUGGCGUGUCCUGCAUCCCUCAAGUGAAAUACCCAUGUGGAAAAAUACCAGUGUUGGCAAAAAAAAAUUCAACUGCACGUGGAAGAAUAGUAGGUGGUUUCAUCUGUCCUCCAGGUGAAUGUCCAUGGCAAGCCCUUAUACUACAGGAUCAGAAAGAAACGUGUGGUGGCACGCUGCUUUCCCCAGAGUGGGUGGUCACUGCAGCUCACUGUUUGGAGCAUACUCACCCUAAACAGCUUCGCGUGAGACUGGGUGAACACAAAAUACGCGUUGAUGAGAAAACUGAGCAAGAAAGUAGAGCUGCCAGGAUAAUCAUUCAUGAAGGAUACAGGAAUGGACACGUCAAUAAUGAUAUUGCCCUCUUGAAAUUGGAAACACCCGUGAAUCUCACUGACUAUGUGGUACCAAUAUGUUUGCCCGAGAAAAGGUUUGCUGUGUAUGAACUGUCCACCAUCAAGUUCUCCACAGUAAGCGGAUGGGGACGCCUAAUAGAUGGAGGUGCCACCUCUUCUGUUCUGAUGAGAGUUGAUUUGCCACGUGUAAAGACACAAGAAUGUGAAAAGGAGACAGAUUUAAAUAUUACAGAGAAUAUGUUCUGUGCAGGAGACCUGUCUGGGGGUAAGGACUCCUGCAAGGGAGACAGCGGUGGUCCUCAUGCUACACAGUACAAGAACACUUGGUUUCUGACUGGGAUUGUCAGCUGGGGAAUGGGCUGUGCUGUUGAAGGCAGCUAUGGGGUUUACACAAGGGUAUCCAAAUACAUCGACUGGUUGAGGAAGCACAUGGACGAAAGCCAAGAAGAUGAAGGAGACCUGAUGGCUGGCUCUGGAAGCACCGAGGACGUGGCCGCCGCAGCGCACUGUGAAUCCCAAGAAAGGGGAGACAGACUGAGGCCAGUUUCAGGCCAGCGCCCGGCCGAGGUCCCUGGUCCGCAGCGCGGAGCCAACAGGUUACAGCGCUGGAUGAGGAUGGGACACACGGCCGGGAGCAGCCAAGGAAGGCGCCUGCUGCGGGCUGCGAAAAUCCCGCCGCGGCUGUCACCCUGGCCCGGCGCUUCCGCUAUUUCUGGGCAGGGUGAAGCUACGCGCCUUCAGUCUCACCCCGCCCGAGGGGGUGAAGACUUCGGCUCCCGUCCGGGCCGUCCCUGCCGUCCCUGCCGUCCGUCCCGUCCGUGCCGGCGCGGCCCCGGAGCGGCCAUGGCCGGGCGCCUGCUGCUGCUGCUGCUGCUGCUCUGCGCCGCGCUGCCCGCCGGGCUCCGCGCUCAGGGAGCCGUAUUCAUCAAGAAAGAAAAUGCCAACAAGUUCUUGGAAAGAACAAAGCGUGCUAACUCUUUCUUAGAGGAAUUAAAGCAAGGGAAUAUUGAAAGAGAAUGCGUUGAGGAGCGCUGCUCAAAAGAAGAAGCAAGAGAAGCUUUUGAAGACCAGGAGAAAACUGAGGAAUUCUGGAACAUCUAUGUAGAUGGGAACCAGUGCAGUUCAAAUCCUUGUCACUAUGGUGGCCACUGUAAAGAUCGAAUUGGUUCCUACACUUGCACGUGCUUGGAUGGUUAUCAAGGCAAGAACUGUGAAUUUGUCAUACCAAAGUUCUGCAGAAUAAACAACGGGGACUGUGAGCAGUUCUGCAGCGUCCGAAGAGAUGGGCGGAAGGAUGUGGUGUGCUCCUGUGCAGAUGGCUAUGUUCUGGCAGAGGAUGGCAAACACUGUGUUGCUACAGUACAAUACCCUUGUGGAAAAGUUUCUGUGGUAAGGAAAAAAAGGUCUGUUCUUUCACCCACUGACCACAGCAAUGUAACGAGUGAUCAAGAAGACCCUCCUGCAAAUGAAAUGAGCACAGAGGAGGACUUUGCAAUUACCACGGAAAGCCCAACGCCUCCACCAGACAACAGAACAAGCAGCAAGACUCCCUAUGUCGAUACCAGGAUCGUUGGUGGGGAUGAGUGUCUUCCUGGCCAAUGCCCAUGGCAGGCGGUUCUGUUAAACGAGGAAGGAGAAGAGUUUUGUGGUGGAACUGUUCUGAAUGAAAAUUUCAUACUUACUGCAGCUCAUUGCAUAAACCAAUCCAAAGAAAUCAAAGUUGUUGUUGGUGAAGUGGACAGAGAGAAGGAGGAGCAGUCUGAAUCAAUGCACACUGUGGAUAAAAUAUUUGUUCAUUCCAAAUUUAUUUUUGAGACUUAUGAUAAUGACAUCGCCUUACUAAAGCUGAAGGAACCUAUCAGGUUUUCAGAGUACAUCAUCCCAGCGUGUCUCCCCAAAGCUGACUUUGCUAAUGAAGUUCUGAUGAACCAGAAAUCUGGGAGGGUUAGUGGCUUUGGGCGGGAAUUUGAAGGCGGGCGAACUUCCAAAACACUGAAGGUGCUCGAGGUCCCCUAUGUUAAUAGGAACACUUGCAAGCAAUCCACUAACUUAGCCAUAACUGAGAACAUGUUCUGUGCUGGUUAUGACACAGAGCAAAAGGAUGCUUGCCAAGGAGACAGUGGUGGCCCCCAUGUGACCAGAUAUAAGGGUACUUAUUUUGUUACUGGAAUUGUUAGCUGGGGCGAAGGAUGUGCAAGGAAAGGCAAGUAUGGUGUCUAUACCAAACUGUCCCGGUUCCUGGGCUGGGUAAGAAGAAUCAUGAGUUUGUAGUGGUGCUGUGUCCCUUGAGCCUCCUUGUUACCUACCAAGGUGCAGGAUUGGAAAUGGAAACUUGCUUUUCCUGCACAUCUGCUAAGUUGGUUUUGAGAUCUGAUUCCUUAAAGUUAUGGUCUGCUUCCAUUUGUAUUAUUCCUAGCUUUAAAGCACACCUCUGAGGACUGUGGGGGGCUUUGGAAUUGGUUGAAUGAGGGAAUUUCCCCAAGCAAAAAGCCUGCUGACUGGGGUCUUUGGCUUCUUUUAAUUACUUAUCCAUGGCCAUUUUGGUUCCCAUCUGUUGUCAUGAUUGCUCCACCCACAGGCUCCUAAACGUGUUCUGAAGAGUCACUAGCCAUGAUGAAAGCAAGAAGGACAGGGGUCAUUUAAUCCUCAUAUUGCAGCCAUCAGUCUCAGCAGGGAGUUUGUCCCUACUGGAGUUGUUUAACUUCUACCUUCAGUUGUGUUCAGAAGUUGAGGGGAGAAGGGGAUCUUGCAUGGCGAAAGCUGAGACACAAUUAAUUAAUCAAAGUGUGAUGUUAAAUAACCACAUGUUCCAAAAAAUGCCCUGUUCAGAUCAUCGCAGCUCAUUAAAAAGGGCUUUUGCUUUAUAAGGAUUGUACUUCACUCUAGGUUAAUUUGUACACUCUGCUCAUCAGAACAUAUAUAUGUGCACAUUCCGUGUUUUCUGUAUCUUGUUCUGGAUUGUGUAUGGCUGAGGAUUGGAAAACUCCUUUCAUGUGUAUUGUUCUAGAUGUUUCAGUUAUGUGCAAUGUUUAUGUUCACCAGCAUUUGAAAUAAAACAUUCUUUGUUUUUUGUUC